AGUGAAGAGGGGGCAGGCGGGAGGAGGACGAGGAAGCCGAAGGCACACACACACACACACACACACCCAUCACCACCACCACACAUCGACACGGGGCCGCCGCAGAGCCAAAGUCGGGUGCGAAUUGGAUAGAUAGUCAACUAUCGCUGUAUUUAUUUAUAUUUAUUUAUUUAUUUGCGUAACCCCUCCCCCUUCCCCCAUCUUCAUUGGCCAUCGUACGACCCGUCGCCCGCCCGCCAUGGACCCGCUUCCGCUCACCAUGAACGCCGUCGUGUUCGAGGGCCCGCGCAAGGUCUCGCUGCAGCAGAGGCCUGUACCGAAAAUACAACAUGACGGCGACGUCAUAGUCAAGGUCAACGCGACAGCUCUCUGCGGAUCGGAGCUCCACGUCUUCCGCGGCCACCAGCCCUCGGGCACCGGCUUCGUCAUGGGCCACGAGUUCACCGGCGCCGUCGUCGCCGCCGGCGCCGCCGUCAAGACCGUCGAGAUCGGGGACAAGGUCGUGUCCCCCUUCACGACUUCCUGCAUGGACUGCUUCUACUGCAAGAACGGCUACACCUCGCGUUGCGUGCACAGCCUGCUCUUCGGGUCCGAGAAGCUCGACGGCGCGCAGGCCGAGUACGUGCGGGUGCCGUUCGCCGACGGCACCGUCGUGCGCGCGCCGGCCGAGAUCGACGACCGCGCGCUCGUGCUCAUGGCCGACAUCUUCCCGACCGGCUACUUCGGCGCGCGCAACGCCUUCGCCGCCCUCGGCGCCGCCCAGGACCCGACCGACGCCGUCGCCGUCGUCGUCGGCUGCGGGCCCGUCGGCCUGUGCGCCAUCGUCUCCGCCCUCGAGUACCGCCCGCGCCACCUCUUCGCCGUCGACAGCGUCGAGAGCCGCCUCGAGCUGGCCAGGGGCCUCGGCGCCGAGCCCCUCAACUUCGCCAAGGACCGCGACGCCGUGAUCCGCCGUAUCCGAGAGGUCACCGACGGCCGCGGCGCCGACGUCGUCGUCGAGGUCGUCGGCCUGAGCCCCGCGCUGCGCACCGCCUACGACGUCCUGAGGCCGUUCGGCUUUAUCAGCAGCAUCGGGGUGCACAAUGCCGAGAUCCCGUUCGAUGGCAACGACGGGUAUAGCAAAAACAUACGACUGCAGAUGGGGCGAUGUCCCGUCCGUGCGAUAUUUCCCGACGCGCUCAAGGUCCUAGCCAAGAACCAGCAUCGCUUCAGCUUCAUGUUCGAGAAGAUCAUGCCCCUCUCGAUGGCGGUGUCGGGAUACGACCUGUUCGACAAGAUGCAGGUGCAGAAGGUGAUCUUCACGCCAUGACGGGGCGCGGGUAGCACCGUGUCGCCGCGGUAGGGAGAUCGGGCGCUCAGUUCUGCCGGGGCUUGACGAUGCCGUCGUGCAUGAAGUAGUAGACGACAGUAGAGUCGGCGUGUACGGUAGCCAGUAGCAGCCUCUUGACGCGGCCCGGGGCGGUCUCGGCCGGCGGCGGCAUGGAAUCGAAGACGCUUGCAAACGCCCUGAGCGUCCACUCCUCGGCUAGGUGCGUAGGCAGGACCCAUUCGACGGCGGGGGUCUCCGGGAUGCGGCCCUCUGGGCCCGGGUAGGCCUUGAGCAUCUCGAUCUGGUCGUCCGGGUGCAGGUAGAGGCGGCGCGGGGGCAGGCCCGAGAUGAGAGGUCUCGGGAGGGGCGAGUUGUCGACCGGAGAGUGAGUCAGGAUCUGCAGCUCGGUCCAAUCGUGCUGGCGCCGGAGAUUGUCGAGCACGGAUGCGGCCAGCUGCUCGACCUGGCCGCUCGUCUCAGCCAUGGUAGGUCGCGCCGCGGUAACUGUCGUCGUCGAGAUUGCGAAUGUCUUGCUUGCACAAAUGAAUAGACGGGUGCUACGAUGGGGUUGUUGUUGUUGUCGUGGUUGUCUUUUUUUCGAUACGGAGAAACCUGGCCGAGGACCCUGCUGGCAACGUCGAGCCCGAAGACUAG